AAGAGGAACCUUUUCAUGAAACGUACGAGAGCGGGUCAGAGUCAGAGACAAACAGAGUACAGUAGCAGACGUGUGGAACAGUGUGUAUUUGGACAUUUUACAGACAUGAAUUUAACAACGGAAGGAGGAAAGACCCUUGUGCCUACAAGUGCCCCUCCUGACUGUUCAUCUUUAGACUCUGACGAUUGGACCAAAACUGGGAUGCCGGUGUUCAUCCUGCUGAUCACUGCGCUGGGGAUUGUGUUUAACGUGUUUGUGCUCGUGGUUUUCUGGUUUCAUAAGAAGCCCUGCACCGUGGCUGAGAUCUACUUGAGCAACUUGGCUGCUGCUGACCUUGUUCUGGUGUCCUGUUUGCCCUUCUGGGCUGUCAACAUAUUGAAUGGUUUCAAUUGGAUUUUUGGUCUGUUCCUGUGCAAAGUUGUCCACAUGGGCAUAAAUAUGAAUGUCUACGGCAGCAUAUACUUCCUCGUUCUGGUUAGCAUAGAUCGCUUUAUGGCACUGGUGCAUCCGUUGUCCCAGAACAGAAUGCGUAGGCCAAAGUAUGCCAAACUGGCCUGUCUGCUGGCGUGGGGGUUGAGCUUGCUCCUGAGUGUCCCUGUGAUCAUAUACAGGAAAGUGAAACCUGUUUGUAAUAUUACUUUUUGCGGCUUGGAUUUGGAAGAAAAAGAUGCCCGGCUCCUUGACUGCAUGCUGACUUUUUUCAGCUUCAUCAUCCCCAUUUGCAUAGUUUCCUGCUGCACUGUCAAGAUUAUUCAAGCUCUGAAUGGCCGGUUAACAGAGGGGUUAAACCAGAAAACGGAGCACAAGGCCACCACUCUGGUGCUGGCAGUUCUCCUGGCUUUUGUGAUCUGCUGGCUGCCAUUCCACCUGGUUAAGUUGGUAACUUUGUUCCCAAGUCCUGAUGUCCUGAAGGGAAACCACCUAGACAACUGCCGCUACAUCUUCACCUGUUUAGCCUUCUUCAACAGUGUUCUCAACCCCAUCCUCUACGUUAUUGUAGGAAAGAACUUCCGUAAAAAAGUUACGGAACUCUUUAAGCAGGAAGACAGGAGAGUGUCUUUCAGUACGUCCUCCACACGCACCUCAAAACUCAUGAAAAGCAUCAGAGAAUAAGGUGAUCUGCAGGACUGGGAUUUGUUUUUGAGGACCAAGGGCAUAUUUGUUUUGUUUUUUUACACUUUCACAUAAUAAAAUGGGCUGUUAUUUGCACAGAUGUACUACAGGAAAAAUAGUUGAAGUUAUACCCACAAUAUGUUUGUGUAGUCUGAAUACACAGGUUUUAUUUUCUGUUUCACCCACAGUUUGCAAAAAGGUGAAUUUGAGACUUACUUGAUUAGGAGCAUGAUAUACCCUUUUUACGAUUACCCAUCAGAUUCUGCUUAAUAUGAUUGUUUGCUGUGGGUGGAACAUAACUCAGGGUUUUCCUUAAAGAAGUACACCACCAUAAAACAUUUUUUUUUUACCUAAUUAUAUGACUGUACUGUGAUGAUGCUGGUGUUAGGUUGAAAAGGUUGAAAAAGGCUCAAUACGCCCUCUACUGUUUUAAAUCACCCUCAACCCCAUAUACCCAAUGCUGACAUAGAGUCGACCGUUUAGGACUAAUUGACAUCAAGACAUUUAUAUGAAAAAGAAGUGUUAAUGCCCACUAAUCAGAGGAUUGGAGGGCAUUAACACCAGCCUCCACUUUGAGUUAGCUCUGACUACCAGUCUUAAACCUUUCUCAGCACAUUCUGUGAUGUAGAGAUAGUCUCACACUUCCAUAUGAAAAAUCCGGUUGUGGUGCAUCUGGCCUUUCUUAACAUUCUCCUGAGCCCAUUUAAUUCUCUGGGCAACACUUCAGGAGGAAGGCUAGAAGUCAGGAAGGAAGACAAGACAUGAUCACAGGUAAUCAUACGACCAUAUAUAAAUGCUCUGUUGCGUUUAUUAACAUCAACUGAAGAAAUCAUGGAUGUGGUCUUUUUUUGUGUGGGUUUAUUUUUGGGGAAAUAUACAAAGUAUAAAAUAUGUAAAUGCAUGAUUUUGAGAUUUCAGAAACUCUUGUGACAAAGUAUCCAAAAAGCCUCUAGGACCAGACAGCUUAGAAAGAAAGUGAAGAAGAGUCCCCGUAGACAUUUUACAUCUCUGACACAUAGCAGAAACUCCAAAAUUAAGCUUAUAAGGAGUAUUAUUAUAUGUUCUCUGUAAGAUUUUAUAUUGAAAGUGUCUGUGUGGGUGUGGUACUGGUAAUGCAAGUGAUUUCUAGGAUAUUUGACACAAAUGACCUAACUGCUGUGUGAUCAGAAAUGCUUUCAGCCUUAACACAAUAAUAACGCUGCUCCAUAAUUUAACAGCACUACCAUACUGUGUUAUAUAUUACAGAAGUAAUGGGCAGAUAAUGGAAGUAAUGUACACAAGAAAUGGAAACUGUCUCUGUCUGAUACCGCAAGGGUUUAUCCUCUUAAUAUGACAUUUUAAUGGUGUUCCAUGCCUGUCUGUGUGUAUCCCUGUAAAUAUGUUUUUCUGUACUUUUACAUGGUGUUACUCUGACUGUCUUGUGAUAUUUACAUGGUGUUACUCAGGCUGUUUUGUAAUAUUUACAUGGUGUUAGUCUGGCUGUCUUGUGAUAUUUAAAUGCUAAAUUCCCAAAACAAACCCUGCCAUUGUUUACAUAUGUCCAUAUAUCCCUUACCAUUGUGUAUAAUCAACUCCACUAUCUACACUUUGUGUAUACAUUUGCAUGCUUGUACAGUUUGUUGCUUUGUACAUUUUAUUUACUAUUCAAAGUCACAGUAGCCUUCAGAGUAGUGACUCACACAGUCAUGCCCGUGUCUCUUUACAGUCUAAACACAAUGCCACUGUCGCUGAAACAACCUCUGUGAAUGAACUCAGACACAUUUUGCAUAAUCUAUGUAAUGUAACACCUGGAGUGGCAUAAUUGUAAAAGACCAAGACUAUUAUGCUGGUAUACAAAUAGAUUUACAGCUAUGUGAGUUAAAAAAAAAAGACAGAAGCUUUCCAUGAUGAAUGAAGUUCCUUCUUUUUCAGAAGUAUGUUUAAGAAAUUGAUUCCAUCAGAAAUAUCUGUAAUUUCUGUUUCCUUUAAAUAAUAAAACAUAAAUAUUAAA